ACUCCCUCUGUCUCCCACAGGCCUGUCCCUGCUCCUCAACACGGCACAGAUGGACCGGACCCCGUUCCUCACCACCUCGGCCGGGGCCCGGGUGAUGGUGCACAGCCCGGACACCGUCCCGUUCCUCGAGGACGGGGGUUUUGACAUCCAGCCCGGGCUCGAGACCUCGAUCAGCAUGCACAAGGAGGAGGUGUCCCGGCUGGGGGGCCAGUAUGGAGACUGCACGUGGGACGGCAGCGAACUCAAAGUCACCAACCUCUAUCGAGGGGCCUACACUCAGCAGGGCACUGCUACUUCCAGCUGUACAAGGAGUACACCGGGGAUGUCCUGGGAUGUUUCCAGACCUGCCGGAAACCUUGCCGGUAAGCAGGAGGCUCCGGGAGCAAGCCCCCACAACGUCCUGGGACGGGGGGCCGCGACGAGGCACGUCGUGAGGUCCGGAGUCCACCUGGUCAUCCCAGAGGGGGCCGUUCGAGGGAUGGGAAUGGGAACUGAAUCGACUUUAUCACUUACAUCCUUCGCAGACACGAUAGGGUAAACAUCUUUCCGAUGCAUCUCUGUUCAAAUGCGCAAUGACAGUCGUUUAUAGUAAAUAUUAUAUCCAACAGGAUAGACAAUAGACAAUAGGUGCAGGAGUAGGCCACUCGGCCCUUUGAGCCAGCACCGCCAUUCACUGUGAUCAUGGCUGAUCAUCCACAAUCAGUACCCCGUUCCUGCCCUCUCCCCAUGUCCCUUGACUCCGCUAUCUUUCAGAGCUCUAUCUAACUCUCUCUUGAAAGCAUCCAGAGAAUUGGCCUCCACUGCCUUCUGGGGCAGAGCAUUCCACAGAUCCACCACUCUCUGGGUGAAAAAGUUUUUCCUCAACUCAGUUCUAAAUGGCCUACCCCUUAUUCUUAAACUGUGGCCUCUGGUUCUGGACUCCCCCCAACAUCAGGAACAUGUUUCCUGCCUCCAGUGUGUCCAAUCCCUUAAUAAUCUUAUAUGAUUCAAUCAGAUCCCCUCUCAUCCUUCUAAAUUCCAGUGUAUACAAGCCCAGUCGCUCCAAUCUUUCAACAUAUGACAGUCCCGCCAUUCCGGGAAUUAACCUUGUGAACCUACGCUGCACUCCCUCAAUAGCAAGAAUGUCCUUCCUCAGGUUUGGAGACCAAAACUGCACCCAGUACUCCAGGUGGGGUCUCAGCAGGGUCCUGUACAACUGCAGAAGGACCUCUUUACUCCUAUACUCCCCUUAUUAUAAAGGCCAACAUGCCAUUAGCUUUCCUCACU